CACUUAUGAUAAUUUUAUUAUUUUAUUAUUUUUACCCUACACCCAAACAUAACAUCCCCAAAAACCUGCUCCUCUGCCGUUGAGCACAUUUAGCAAGAGUUGCUUUUUUUUGGUUGUCGUUGUCAUGGUUACAGUCCUGCGUCCAAAAUGGCGUCCUUGAUUGGGGAGAAACUGUUUGAAAUUAGUGGCCAAGGCCCACCGCCUACUAAAGACUUUUUCCAACUUGUGAUUACCAGAACUGAGGUAACAUGGACAUCAUGGACGAUUUCUUUGCGGCGCGAGUCUAAAGGAGCUCCUCCGAAACAGCUGAAGACGACUCAUUGUGGGUUUCUGCAGGACAAACCGUUUCAGAAUGACGUGGGCUCUGUUUUUGGACAGAGGAUCCUGGAAUACACGCUGUCACUGUGCCGGGGGGAUUACGACUAUCUGGAACGCUUACCCGAUGACAUAGCGCUCAGAAUCCUCUCCUUCCUGCCGCUGAAAGAUACGGCUCUGGUGGCACAGGUUUCCCACCGAUUCAGACAGCUCUGCAACUCUGAAACGUUUUGGGAGCAGACUGUGAGGAACCGCUGCGCUGACUUCAACAGUGAAAUGGAGGGCUUAGCCAAUGCCAUGGGAUGGAGGAGGACCUAUUUUACCUUCUUCCACAAAAGUGGCACCAAAGAGCAGUAAAGAUGACAAGCAAUA